CGGGCAGGUCUAAACCCCCCUCCCCUGCAAACCCACCGGGCAGUCACAGCCGCGCUGCCAGCGACGCCAACGUCCUGCCCCGAGCUCAGCCAGCACCUGCAAAGCCCGAACUAACUCCUUCUCCUUUGCCCACCAGCGAAACUCCUCCAGCAGUGAACCGCAGAGCUGCAAAUCCCCCCGCACCCUUCCCAGCGGCCUCAGCCGGUACCAGCGAGGCUGGAUUUGUCUCCCAGCAGCUAAGCUUAGCGCAAGGUGUGCAGCUAUUUCAGAUUAUCGAACCUUUUCUCCUCAACCAGCUCAUCUCCAUCCAGCCCGACCCCAAACACCCUAAAACCCCGACCGAGGGAAGCUCUCGCCCCACUCCUCCUGACAGCAUCGCUGCUUGGGGUCCCGGCCAGAGCCCCGAGGCGUCGGGCAGGCUGGGGAGAGCCCUUCUCCCCACGGCGGGUGAGCAGGAGCCGUGCCGGCAGCAGGAUCCAGCCCCGGCAAAAUUUCUGUCCCAGGAUCAAAUUAAUGAGUUCAAGGAAUGUUUUUCUCUGUACGACAAGAAACAAAAAGGCAAGAUAAAAGCCUCCGACCUGAUGGCAGUGAUGCGGUGCCUGGGAGCCAGCCCGACGCCAGGAGAGGUGCAGAGACACCUGCACCUGCACAAGAUCGACAGAAAUGCAGAGUUGGAUUUCUCCACUUUCCUGAAUAUAAUGUACAGGCAAACGAAGCAGGAGGAACCCGUGAGGGAAAUCCUCACGGCCCUGUCCAUGAUAGACAGGCAGAAGAGAGGCGUUAUCACCAUUUCGGAGCUGAGAGCCAAACUUACAAGACUAGGAGAAAAGCUUUCCGAGGAAGAAGUUGAUGACCUGCUGAAAGAAGCCAAAGUUGGACCAAAUGGAACUAUAAAAUACGAAGAAUUUGUUCACGCUGUUUGUCUUCCCACAGUUGACUACUGA